AGCACAUCCAUUGAGAAAACCUCAUUCAAGUUUUGCGUGUCGAACGGAACGCAUCAGUUGAUCAGAGACCAGACGCCGUUUUAUAUCGUGUGGGAUUAAAACAAAAAACAUCGUAUUGUUUCGGCACGCCAAGGGAAUCAGUACAACACAUUGCGGGAGGAACUGACAAGCAUAAACAUUACUGCCUUGCCCGUCGCUUCAAGCGAAGACCAUUAGCUGGGAAUCUCAGCAAACCCCGGCAACAUGGACGGAUUUUACGACCAGCAGGUCCCUUUUAUGUUACCCCCCAGUCAGAAGUCUCACGUGGAAGAACCUUGCGACAGACCUUUCAAUGACCGGAAGAGAAAGUUUGUGGACACUGAACUGGCCCAGGACACAGAAGAACUCUUUCAGGACCUCAGUCAGCUGCAGGAAAUAUGGAUUGCCGAAGCUCAGGUUCCCGAUGACGAGCAGUUUGUCCCAGAUUUCCAGUCAGAUAACCUGGUGUUUCACGGACCCCCCCCCACCAAGAUCAAGCGCGAGCAGAGUGCCUCCAAAGAGCUGUCCCCCUGCGGCCAGGACCCGAACCUCAGGCCCUAUGGAGAGAAGUGCCUUUACAGCUACAGUGCCUAUGACAGGAAGCCUGCCAUGGGCUUCAAACCACUGACUCCGCCUUCGACGCCCGUCUCGCCGUGUGGCUCCGCCCACACGCCGGGGGCCCGCCCGCUCCACGAGCAGACCCCUCCCGCCGUCCCCGUCCCCGGCCCCCAGACGCCGGGACCCCGCCCCCUGCACGGGCAAGCGGCCAUUCAGGGCGCCGCGCACAACCAGAGGACGCUCGCGCUCCACAGCCAGACUCCGCCCUUCGCCGUGCCCUGCCCGCCCCUCAAUCACGCCGACAACGCCUACGGUGCCGAGCACAGGUUUCACAGGCAGCUGUCUGAGCCCUGCUUACCUUACCCACCCUCCGAGGUCCCGGGACGCCCCCCCUUCCACCCCCACGCGCCCCGGACCGCGUCCUGCGACGGCCGCCCGCCGUACCAGCGCCAGAUGUCCGAGCCCCUCGUUCCCGUGCCCCCCCAGGGCUUCAAGCAGGAGCUGCUGGACCCCCGCUACGCCGAGCAGUGCCCCCCCGCCAUGGCGCCCUCCCGGCCCAGCCCCCUGCAGCCCCCCACCCCCCACGGCAACUUCAACCCCCUGGCCAUCAAACAGGAGCCCCGGGACUUCUGCUUCGACUCUGAAGUGCCUAACUGCCAGUCUUCGUUUGGGAGGGCAGCGAGCUUCUACCAAAACGGCCGCGAAAGCUUUCCCUUCGAGAGAGAGCCGCACCUGUACUACGACGACACCUGCGUGGUCCCCGAGCGACUGGAAGAGAAGGUGAAGCAGGAGCCGUCCGUGUACCGCGAGGGCCCGCCCUACCAGCGCCGCGGCUCCCUGCAGCUCUGGCAGUUCCUGGUCACGCUGCUGGACGACCCCGCCAACGGCCACUUCAUCGCCUGGACGGGCCGCGGCAUGGAGUUCAAGCUCAUCGAGCCGGAGGAGGUGGCCCGUCGCUGGGGCAUCCAGAAGAACCGGCCGGCCAUGAACUACGACAAGCUGAGCCGCUCGCUGCGCUACUACUACGAGAAGGGCAUCAUGCAGAAGGUAAAGGUGGCGGGGGAGAGGUACGUGUACAAGUUCGUGUGUGACCCCGAGGCCCUCUUCUCCAUGGCCUUCCCCGACAACCAGAGGCCCAGCCUGAAGGCCGACCCGGACAGCCUGCCGGGCGCGGAGGACGAGACCCUGCCCCUCACCCACUACGACGAGGCCGCCCCCUACCUGGUGGACGGGGGGGAGCAGUGCAUGGCGUCCAUGUCCUUCCCUGAUGGAUAUGUGUACUGAGGGCCACCUUCAAUGCCCACCCCCCCCCCCCUCCCUGGCCCUCUGCCACCCCCCACGACCCGUCCCAGAAUCCGAACUGCUGAGCAGCAUGGGAUACGUCUGAACCACAUCCCCCCCCCCCAACUCGCCCCCCCCCACUCCCCCCUUCUUGACUUGUUGCCCACUUCCUGAUUUGUAUCCCACUCUCCGAAACAGGAACCAGCUCUGGCACCAAAUAAUGGAACUGGACUGGCAUAAUGGGACGAUUAGAAUCGAAAGGCUCCACCCAUUUAUCAGAAGAAAGGGGGGGGGGGGGGGGGGGGGCGGUGCCUUUGUUGCUAUGGAGACUGGGAGAAGGGUCAAGGGAGGGGCCCCACAGUGCAGUGGUCUGACAGAUAUUUCUGUGCAGACUGCAAGACUUGUAGCAAUUCUGUAUUUGACAAUCUGCUUUUCUAAAUGAGUAAAGUAUAUAAGGAUUAUAAUCUUAAAGAAAAAAAAUCAAAACACAGCACUAUUCUGUAGUUGCCUUUUUGGUCCCCAGCUAUUUUUCUUUUGUUUUCUCUAAAUCUUUGCAGAAUAAAAUUUUUUUUAAAAGCUACAGAAUAUAUUACUCAAGACAUUGUAAAUGAAAAGGGCUUCGUUUUGCAAAAUAAAAAAAUAUUAAAUCUGA